GUUUGAUCGGAGUUUUUGUUUAUACGGUUCCAAUGGUUUCCCGGAGAGAUUACCGGAGCUUAAGAUCUUGUACAGGAUGGCGUCGGCUUCUAUUACUUAUCCCCGUGCUCGUUGUUCUUCCUCACCUCUCUUCACUUGUUGAUUUUUCUUCAGCUAGAGCUAAGAACGAAGCGCCAAGCACUCGUAGCAAGAAGAAACUAGAUCACCUUGUCCUCGGUCCUGUUGCUGGAGUAGGCUUUCCCGAUAGAUUACAUUGCCAAGGUACGAAGGCUCUAAACAAGACACACACUAGAACUUCUCAUUAUGUGUCUAGUGCUGCUGGAAAUGGAGUUUCUUUUGUCACAGUGUUUACUGUUUAUAAUAACACAUCUCUCGGUGAUUUGAGAUCCUCUAGUGUGGUUUCUGUUGUUGGGAAUGUUACUUACACCAAGCCAGAGAGGUCAAUGGCUGUUCUAAACGCAUUCGCCUACUUCAUUCACGUGAGUAUGCCCAAGAGCAACGUUGUCAUAUUGACUGAUCCAGCUUCUCAGCUUUCUACUCAAGCAAGCAAUGUGAUGGUAGAGCCUAUUCCGGGUGAUUAUUCACGUGGUAACCUGAUGCUUCAAAGGAUCAUGUCUUACAUUACCUUUCUUGAGAUGAAGCUUGAGAAGAAUGAUGGUGGGAUGAACCACUAUAUCUUCACUGAUUCUGAUAUAGCUGUGGUUGAUAACAUCGAUACUAUAUUUGACAAGCAUCCAGACUUCCAUAUAGCUCUCACAUUCAGGAACAAUAAAGAUCAACCUCUGAACUCAGGAUUCAUAGCUGUGAGAGGCACACGUGAAGGCAUCCUAAGGGCUAAAGUUUUUCUUCAACAAGUUUUACAAGCUUACAAAACCAAAUACAUGAAGGCAUCGCGUAUGCUUGGUGAUCAAUUAGCUCUAGUAUGGGUUGUCAAAUCUCAUCCUUCAUUUGACGCAAAGCGAUUCACAAAGCCACAAGCUUUCACACAAGAAAUAGCUGGAGCUUCAGUACUAUUCUUACCAUGUGCUCUAUACAACUGGACACCUCCUGAAGGUGCUGGUCAGUUUCAUGGCAUGCCAUUAGAUGUCAAGAUUGUUCACUUCAAAGGAUCAAGGAAACGCUUAAUGCUAGAAGCCUGGAACUUCCACAAAUCUACUUCGAACAUUCCAGAUAUGUUGUGUCUUGUUCUAGGUAGUGGAAGAACUAAAUACGAUUUCUAAAACUUGUUGACAAUGACUACUUGUUUAAUAUCUAUAGGAGAACAGUCACCUUUAAGUGCUGAAGAAGUAACAUUGUUUUAUUUGAAGAUGAAUCAAAUUUUACAACAGUUACGUACACGACAAGUAACAUAAAAUAAAUUAAAUAUAAUUACUCAAAAACACAAAAAAAAAACAUUAAAAAUCAUCUCGCGGCGGCUUUCUUCUCGCCGGCGUAAUAACUCAGGUACCAUCUCACAAACUUCUUCAACCCAGUCUGCAAAUCCGUCGUCGGUUUAUACCCAAACUCACGUUGCGCUAAGCUUAUAUUAGCAUGAGUGAACGGAACGUCACCGUUUCUCGGCAUCUUGAUCACAUUCCUCUUGGCCUUCACCUUCAGCUGCCUCUCCAGUAUACUCACCAGAUCGGAAACCGGCACCGGCGACGUGUUCCCGAGGUUAAACACUCUCAACUGCGCCGGACCUCUCUUCUUCCCACCGCUUCCUGUACUCUUCUCCGCCGUGUCAAGCGCCCCUAAACAUCCUUUCACUAUGUCGUCUAUGUAAGUGAAGUCUCUAGCCACCGUGCCGUGGUUAGCCGACUCGAAGAUCGAUAUUGACUUCCCUUUGAGUAUGUCUUUAGUGAAGAAGAAGUAAGCCAUGUCUGGUCUUCCCCAUGGUCCGUACACGGUGAAGAACCUUAGUCCUGUAAGGGACAAACCGUAGAUAUGGUUGUAAGUGUGAGCUAUCUCUUCACCAGCCUUUUUAGUCGCGGCGUAGAGGCUCGCAGGUUGGUCUGUUCUGUCUUUCUCGGAGAAGGGUACUUUCGUGUUGAGUCCAUAGACGGAGCUAGAGGAAGCCCAGACGAUAGCUGGUUGAGGGUUAGCCGCUUUGCAGACCUCAAGAAGGUUGACUAAGCCAGCGAUGUUGCUGUGAACGUAUGAGCUAGGGUUCUCCAUUGCGUAUCUAACUCCGGCUUGUGCGGCUAAGUGCAUGACGUGAGUGAAGGUAACGAUCUUGAAGAGCUUACGGAGGAGUUCCACGUCGUUUAUGUCACCUUCCACGAUGAAUACGCCGCUUCUCUCUAGCAAAGCUUGCCUCGCACGUUUCAGAGAAGGGUCGUA